AUGCAACACGGCAUCUCGGACACCUUAGAUAGCAUCACACAGCAUAAACAGUCCAAGCACACACAGUUAAAGCAGAGAGGAUUGACUUAUUGCACUGGGCUGGAAAAGCAAGAGUUGAGAAACCCCAGUGGCGGGAUAGACAUUGAAGGUGAAGACGGUGACAGCAUUUCACCAUGUGCUACCGUGGUGCCUAGCAACACUCCUGUCACGGGAGACUCAGGUCAUGUCUCUCCAACUAUGGAGAAUAGUUCCGACAGUCUCAGUGACUGCACCCUGCAGCCACAAGGUCCACCAGACAACCAAACUGCUGACGAUGUUGUUGAGUCUGACGAUGUCAUAGAUUAUGCCAAUGAUGCCUCUGCCUGUGUUCCUGUUGCAAAUGUACAGACUGAUCCUGUUAAUGUGGAAACUUCCUCUGUGAGUAAAGAAGAUGGGCCCAGCAGUCAGAACAGUGUGCCAGUUAAAGUAGGGCGGCAUGAAAAGAGGGAAGAGAAGAAGAAAAGCAAGAAGAAAGAGGAUAAAAGUGUUGAACACAUCCUACGAGCUUUGAACAGUCUCCAGAGUCCCGAGGAGAAGCUGGCUGCUCUGUGUAAAAAGUUUGCAGACUUGCAUGAAGAACACCGCGUGCUGCAGACUUCUUUCAAGACCCAGCAGCGAUCCCUGACAGCGGUAGCCAGAGAAAAAGAUCAGCUGCAGUCAGAGCAUACCAAAGCUAUGAUGGCCAAGAGCAAGCUGGAGUCUCUGUGUAGGGAGCUGCAGAAACACAAUAAAGUCAUUGAGAGUGAGAGCAUCAAGCGGGCAAAGGAGAGUGAUGAAAAAAGAAAGGAGAUCUCAGCUCAUUUCAGUAACACCAUCAGUGAGAUACAAAACCAGAUGAGUGACAACAGUGAGAAGAACAACCUUCUAAGGAAGGAAAAUGAAAAUCUGGCAGAGCAGCUUCGGGUGUUCAUGACACAGUGCCAGGCUCGUGAUGAGCAUGUGAAGAAACUUCAAGAACAACACGACUUGGAGAACAAGUUAGCAGCAGCAAAACUUGCACAAGCAGAUGCCAUAAUCAGAGAUUUGGAAGAACGAGGCAGCAAAGAGAAAGAACUGAUGCUACUGAAGCUUACUGAAGUCACCAAAAAAUCACAGCUGACUGAAUCUCAGCUGGAGCUGUACAAGUCCAAGUACGAUGAGUUCAGCUCACUCCACACAAGGAGCAGUGAGACCUUCCAGAGAUACAAGACUGAUAUGGAUAAGAUGACCAAGAGAAUUAAAAGACUGGAGAAGGAGGGGCUGCAGUGGAAAUCUAAGUGGGAGUCUACCAGCAAGACUUUGCUAGAGAUGUAUGAGGCGAAAACCAAGUCAGAUCAGGAAGCAGCAGUUUCAUUGCAGAAGGUGAAAAAACUGGAAUCUCUGUGUCGAGCUCUACAAGCAGAACUUCACAAAAAGAAAGUGGAUAUUGAUAGUCAGUCAAAUAUCCAUACAGCUGUGGCUUCUGCAGCUCCCCCUAACUCUCCAGAAGUGCCUUCACCUAAUGAAGGUGCCACAGCUUCCAUAGAAUCACCUUCAGAUCCAUGUGCUGUGAAUACACCUGCAGCAUCACCACUUUCGUCCACCUGUACGACCCCGGACCCAUCUCUUGUGCCUGAUGUUGCAGCUGUCACUGAGGCAGUCGUCACCAAUGCAGCCGUCACCAAUGCAGCUAUUGCUGACACAGUUGUCACCAAUGCAGUCGUCACCAAUACAGUCGUCACUGAUGCAGUCUUCACCGAUGCAGCCAUCACCGAUAAAGCAGCCACAGAUCCCUCAAGUCAGAACUGUCUGGAAGCAGAUAAACACACCAUUCCUGGUGACACAGAUCUUAAUGGGAGAACCGAGGAUGAAGCUAAGGAGGAGCUGACAGCACCUAUGUUUUUGCCAACAGCAUCGGUUCCGUGCUGUUCAGAAGAUGGGGUUGAGAAGCAAGUCCCUGUGGUGGCUGACUCGUGA